CCCGACUUGAAAACAUUAGUCCUUGAUGUUGGCGGUCGGCCAUCUGCAGCUGCAGCCACGUCAUAUUUGUGUGUUGUUCUGUCGGAUCCGCGAGGAUUUUCACUCGCUAUUCCCUUGAUAUUAAGUUGCAAAACGAAACCAGGCUAUGAAUAUAUUCCGGCUCUUAGGUGACCUUUCACAUCUACUGGCAAUCAUCGUGCUUCUUCUCAAAAUAUGGAAAACGAGAAGUUGUGCCGGUAUCAGUGGCAAGUCACAGAUCUUGUUUGCCAUCGUCUACACGUCACGCUACUUAGACUUGGUGACCACCUACAUCUCUGCAUAUAAUACAUUCAUGAAGCUCAUCUUUGUGGUUGCUGCUUAUGCGACUGUUUAUCUAAUGUACAUCAAGUUUAAAGCAACCUACGAUCACAACCAUGACACGUUCAGAAUGGAGUUUUUGGUUAUCCCAUCUCUGAUUCUGGCGCUUUUGAUAAAUCACGAGCUCACCGUACUGGAAGUACUUUGGACAUUUAGCAUCUAUCUGGAAUCAGUCGCAAUUUUACCACAACUUUUUCUGGUUUCUAAAACUGGAGAAGCUGAGAGUAUCACCAGUCACUACCUCUUUGCUCUGGGAUCGUACAGAGGCCUUUACCUCCUGAACUGGGUAUACCGCUACUACGCCGAAGACCAUUAUGAUUUGAUCGCCAUAGUUGCUGGCCUUGUCCAGACGGUUCUUUAUUGCGAUUUCUUUUACCUUUACAUUACCAAAGUGCUCAAAGGCAAGAAACUCCAGCUACCUGCUUAAUGAGUAUUAAUUAGGUACUUAUGUUGAGUGAUAUAACUGUCAGCCGAAGCACCACCAAUCUGUCCUUAAGGCUGUUGAGCAUUGCAGUUGUCAAUUUGUUAUGCGAAGAAUCGAGCUCAAUUAACAAAAGUUGAGCUUAAUUCUAGGUUUCAUUCUCAAUUGAUCUAUUCUCUUUUCUUUAGCCUUGACCAAAUAUUGGUCGUAUUUCUAUUUUAUUAUGAUUAUUUCACUCUUUGUUGUAAAUACUAAAGAUGCGUGUUCAAAAUCAAAUUGUCUAAUAUAACAACUAAAGCGGCGUUUUGCCAGCGAGCACAUGUAUCUGCUGAAGGCAGCCUGCAAACGCAUUUCACUAACCAAUGCAUCGAGUACGUUUCUACUGGAUGAUUCAGAUGAGUAGAAUAAGUAGCAGAAAUUGCCGUUUAUAACGUUCCAGUUAUGAUAAUACAAUUUUAAUUAAAUAAAUAUGACUUUAAUAUUAUUAUGAAUUGUACAAGUUGAAUAAACUUAUAAGACCGAUAAAA